UCAUCCCAACGCCACCUCUCUCCGUUGUAUCAAAGCUAGAGAAAAACCCUCUCAAAAUUCUUUCAUGGUCUCAAAAAACCCGAACCCGGCUGAAGGAUUUUACCUGGAUCCGACUGGAAUGGCUUUGCCCGGCCUAGGACCCUUCGCCACGACGACGGUUUCAUCUUCCGAGGAUCCGAAUAAGAAAAUCCGAAAGCCCUACACCAUAACCAAGUCCAGAGAGAGCUGGACUGAACCCGAACACGACAAGUUCCUUGAAGCUCUCCAGCUCUUUGACCGUGACUGGAAAAAGAUUGAAGCAUUUAUUGGGUCAAAGACUGUUAUUCAGAUUCGUAGUCAUGCCCAGAAGUACUUUCUAAAGGUUCAGAAGAGUGGAACAAGUGAACACCUUCCUCCACCUCGACCUAAAAGGAAAGCAGCUCAUCCAUAUCCUCAGAAAGCCUCUAAAAAUGCUCAUGGAUGCCCACAAGUAUCAGGUUCUUUUCAGUCAUCAGCUGCUUUACUUGACAGUGGAUAUGUUCUAAGAUCUGAACCCUCAUCAAUGAUUAUGAGCCCUAUUACUAGUGCCGCUGCUUCCUGGACAAACAAUGCACCAACCAUCAGUUUUUCACAAGCUACAAAAGGUCCGGGGUUGGGCAAUAUCUCUUGUAGUAGCCCUGAGAGUACCCCAAAGACAAGACAAACUGGGGAAAUAACUGAUCAGGGAAAUCAUGGUCAUGCACUGAGAGUGUUGCCUGACUUUGCACAAGUAUACAGUUUCAUUGGCAAUGUCUUUGAUCCAAACACUAAUGGACAUCUGCAGAAACUUAAGAAGAUGGAUCCCAUAGAUGUUGAAACAGUGUUGCUGUUGAUGAGAAACCUCGCCAUCAAUCUGACAAGUCCUGAUUUUGAGGAUCAUAGAAGGUUGCUUUCUUCCUAUGAGAUUGACACAGAGACAAUUAAUCGUGAUGAUGCGUGUAAAGCUGUUGAUAACUACCAAUCCAAAAGUAUCACUUAACAUGGAAAAAGGGCUAGAACCAAACGAGUUUUUGAACCAAGAUGUUAUGUUAGUAUAUAUAUGGUAUAUACUGUUGGUAGGAUCAACGGCUGCAAAAUUUCCGAAUAAUUUUCCCUAUUCUGCUGUCAUGUAUAUAUAUCGUAAGAGAAGUUAAAAGGAGAAGCGGGUGCGGAAUGAAAGGAAAGGAGAAGAGUGAUGAAGAGAGUGUACAGUGCUUAUGUUUUUCUGAGACGGGGGUAUCUUGUACAGUGCUGGGUCUUUUGUAUUCAAGUUUUGGCCGCGCAUGUUGUCAUGAUGUAUUUACUACUUUGUUAUAUAGGCACAGCAUAUUUGUCUAUGCUGUCGGGGGUAUAUACAAGUAUCAGUUUUUCAUUGUGGAUGUUGCUAGCAGAAUAUAAAGCUGGCUUAGGGUUGGCUGCCCAAAUUGCCUCCA